AGAACGCAAGUACGGCCGAUCUCAUAGGUCCCCUGGGCUCUAUCGGAAAGGGCCUGACGUCGCCUCUCUACGUUGCGCUCUUGUUUGAUUCGCUAAAAUAAGCUACAGCUGUCUUACCUACAGCUUUAUUAACCGCAAGUUUUUCUCUAAAACACAGCACUGGUAAUCUUACUAUCCUUGCCAAGAAAUGGUUCUGGGGGAAGGUCAUCAAAGGUUUAUCCAGACCAUGAUGAUCAGGGGUAUCGUAAACGAACAGGAGGCCAAGACGCUCCAUCACCACUGCUGUGAGGUCCACAAAGAGCACUAUGUUGCCGACAAACUCGAAGAGUUCAUCCAGGUGGUCAACUCUAAGCUGGAGUCCUUGAAUAUGCAGAUCAGGACGCGUGCUUCAGAGGACGACGGCAUGACAUGCUACGCUCUGGUCAAUACAGCAAACAACGAACUCACCAGGAUGUCAUCCGACUACGCGGACAAUGAGUUGGAACUAUUCAGGCGAACGAUGGACCUGAUAAUGUCUUCGGACGACAGCACAGCUUCCUCCACAGACAUCCUGAACAUGGCAGACAGUCUACAGACCCGGAAGCUGACAAAGAGCGCUGCAGAGUGCUUGCUGAAACGCCUGGUGUCCGAUAACUGGCUUGUAGAGAAACAAGGAGACUACAGCCUGUCGACGCGGUGCGUCAUGGACAUGGAGCCAUACAUCCGGACCAUGUAUGACGAAGAGCAGGUGAAGGUGUGCUUCGUGUGCCACUGUCUGGCCUUCAAGUGCCAGAUAUGUGCAAACCCUCUGUGUACUGUAAAGAUCCACAACUCAUGUGCCGAGAAAUACUUCAAGAAGAAAGCGGUGCAGAGAUGUCCGGGAUGCAGUGAGCUUUGGCCUAAUAAAGUCAGAGAGUGCGGACAAUCUCUCUCUCAGCGUCAAAGAUGAAUGCUGAUUUCCUUGGGUAACAAUAAUAAACGACUGAAUUUCAGUUUCAGGUUUCAGUUUCUUCUUCCAAAGGCUUGUUUUUUUUUACCUUGAUAUUAAACAUUUCUCUUGGAUAAUGUCUUUUAUUACUAACAAAUCUCAUGAAAGCUGAGCACCUAACCCUAAAUGCCCCAUACGAGCUGGCUGUCGCCCUGCAUGGCCGACUCCGCCUUCGCUGUGUGUAUUGAUGGUUGUAAGUAGCUUUGGAUAAAAGCGUCUGCUGAAUGCCCUUAA